CACAAUGAAAAGGCAACCUACCGAAUGCGAGAAGAGAGGGUACCUCCUGGAGAAAAGGCAAGCUUUCCUUCACCCCCCAUCUUCUCGCGGGGGGCAACCCCCUUCAAGGCCAGGCGUCACUCUCACCGGUUCAUCAGUCCUCCCCUGACUCCUACCAUAAGGGCUCUCACCCUCCUCGAAACUUCUGACUUCUAAUCUGCUCUAAAUUAGGUACCAUCUUGAGUCAUCUUUCGUCCUAAAUUUACAUCUGUGUUUGGCUUAACAGGGAGAUUUGGCCAGAUGAGGGCAGAUAAACAAGGGCUGGGAUUAAAUCCCAGGCCCCUCACCUUUUCUGUCUGGAUACUCCUUCCUUUCUAGCUUAAAACCUUCCCGUGUGGCUCCAUAAGGAGCUGAUUUGGUCAGAAAAAGCCACUCUUUGAGUUAGGACAUUUAACCUGGUGCCUCAGGAGGCUAAAAACAGCUGGAGAGCUCUGGUGGCCAAUUCCUGAUGAGGAAGUGGGCUCCCAGGUGGAGACCCCCCUUCACCCUGGCCCUGUUGUGCACCAGACAGCAGAACCCCUUUUUCCUAGAGAACACGUGAACCCGCAGCAGGCUGCCGCAACACCGCCCCCUUACAAAACCGUCAGCGGGGGUUCUAGCCCCUCACCUCGAAUAAAACUAGAGGAAACCACAGAGCCGAGCACCGACGGGAACCAAGUGGGAGAUGGAAACAGAUGGGGGCUGUCGGGCACCCGCCAACUCUUGCAACCUGACGUCCGACCAGAGGGCUCCCACUGGGAGGGACCUUUUCUCCAAGAACCCUCUCCAAGUCUCCUCUGCCGGGUUCCCUGCACUUCCCCUGGGGCCAGCCCCAAAUCGUAGGCCUCUACCCAGGAGCCUGCCCCUCCCACGCCACCCCGCUCCUCCCUCACCUUCCUGCCCACCCACCUGCUUCGGUCUGGGUGGCAGGAAGGGAGGUGCUGGGCACCAGCCGUGAAGAGCAACCCACCCCCCCCCCCCACACACACACACACAACACAACCUCUCGCUCAGAGCUGCUGCCGCCCACACCCAGGCUGCGUCCCCCACGGGCCUCACGGUCCUCCCCCGCCAUGCCUCUCACCGAGCCCUGGACCCCCAGCCCGUGGACGCCGUCCUGGGACUACUCAGGGUCCGGCGACCUGGAGGACCUGGAGGACCUGGAGCUGUGCCGGGUCCGGGACCUGCCCUACAGCUACGCCUACGUGCCCGUGCUCUACCUGGUGGCCUUCGUGGUGGGCCUGCUGGGCAACUCCUUCGUGGUGUGGCUGCUGGUCGGGCGGCGCGGCGCGCGGCGGCUCGUGGACACCUUCGUGCUGCACCUGGCCGCCGCCGACCUGGGCCUCGUGCUCACGCUGCCGCUGUGGGCCGUGGCCACGGCGCGCGGCGGCCGCUGGCCCUUCGGCGAGGGCCUGUGCAAGCUCAGCGGCUUCGCGCUGGCCGGCACGCGCUGCGCAGGCGCGCUGCUGCUGGCGGGGCUCAGCGUGGACCGCUACCUGGCGGUGGUGAAGCUGCUCGACGCGCGGCCGCUGCGCACCCCGCGCUGCGCGCUGGCCGCCUGCUGCAGCGUCUGGGCCACGGCGCUCCUGGCCGGCCUGCCCUCCCUGGCCUACCGGGAGCUGCAGCCCCUCCCCGGCGGCCGGGGCAGCCAGUGCGGGGAGGAGCCCUCCGACGCCUUGCAGGCGCUGAGCCUGCUGCUGCUGCUGCUCACCUGCGCGCUGCCCCUGGGCGUCAGCCUGGUCUGCUACUGCCUCAUCUCGCGCCGCCUGCGCCGGCCGCCGCACCUGGGCCGGGCCCGGAGGAACUCGCUGCGCAUCAUCUUCGCCGUCGAGGGCGCGUUCGUGGGCUCCUGGCUGCCCUUCGGCGCCCUGCGGGCCGUCUUCCACCUGGCACGCCUGGGGGCGCUGCCGCUGCCCUGCGGCCUGCUGCUGGCGCUGCGCUGGGGCCUCAGCAUCGCCACCUGCCUGGCCUUCGUCAACAGCUGCGCCAACCCGCUCAUCUACCUGCUGCUGGACCGCUCGUUCCGCGCCCGGGCCUGGCGCGGGGUCUGCGGGCGCCCCGACCGCCCGGCGCGCGGGGGCAGCUCGGCGUCCUCGCUCUCCAGGGACGACAGCUCCUUGUUCCGGAGCCCCGCCGGCAGCUGCGAGAGAGCGCGGACGGCUAGCGCUGGCCCGGCCCUGCUCUAGCUUGUCCCCCGCCUGGGGAGGUGGCGGCCCCGGAGCCCGCAGGGGAGGGAGGCCCCGGGGAAUCGAGCGGGAGAAACUCCCCAGACCUGCCUUCUCUGCUGCCGGCAACGCGCUCGGGCCGGCCCUGCCUGGACUCCCAGAGCCGCCUCCAUCAGCUUUCUCAGGACCUCAGCGCUUUUGGAACUCCCGCCCCCAAACCAGCCUGCUGAGAGCAGCCGUUCUCUCAGCCCAGUGGGCAAUGGGGCUGAUUUCUUCAGUCCAAUAAAGGUCUAAGGAGAUGAAGCAGACAGCAAUCUGGACACCCACAGGUUCGCCAAGUAGAAGGAAGGGAAAUGGUUUCCUUCUCUGCCCCAUUGGGAAUGGAGCUGGUCAGAAUACCAGACAUAGCCCACCACCCCCCAAAAGCUAUGCCAUCUCCAGCUAUGCUUUCUCUGAACCCCUACAAUAGCCACUGCCUUCUGAGAAAUACCUUCUCGAAGUCAGACCCUCUGGCCCUCUCACUCUCCAAAAAAUUCGGCAGAAUAUGGGAAUUGAAUGCCCUUUUGCCUUUAGUCAUCUUUGUAGCUGUCUAUGCUGUAUCAUUAGUCACUAUCAGUUCAUUUUCCCCGGGGUUUGCAUUUUCAAAGCUCACCAAAGCCGUGGGGACUAGCCUCAGUGUGCACUGUCCACUUAAUUCCUCCUGACAAUUUCCCCGAAAGUGCUAGGCCUACCCUAGUUUUGUAUCCUCUCCCCAUCCCCAUGAAGCAGAUGGACCUACUCUGGAAAUUAUCUUGGCCCUUCCCUCUGGACAGAAGAUUCUGAAAUCUUUCACCAGACAUUCAAAUUCUCUAUCACUCAGCUGGGGACACCAGAAUCGUCCGUGUCAGUUACCGUUCUCAAUAAAAACUUGCUAGCCUGA